ACUUUCUCUUUACGCUAUACUCAAUUGCAAUUAUUAAAAUGGAAACGAAAAUAUACGUGUCUGCUUGAAGUCAUUGUUAGUUGGAAAGGACCUUAUUCCGCUGAUAUCCUAAUUCGUAGAAUCGUAGUUACUUAGCUAUUUUUAGGUUAUAAACACGUCCGGGUUGAGUCGAGGAUCAUGCUGAACUUACCUAUUCAACGUAUGAAGUUGUACUAAACUGCCGUCAUGUUCCGAGCUCUGGCACCAUUCGUUCUAAGAAAGGAGAGCCUGUGGAAUCCCUAUGUCCAAAGAUGUAUGCGACUGGUCAGCGGGUUUGCUAUACAUAGACUUGAUCAUUUCGUCAUCACUGUGAAGGACGUAGAUGCGACGUGUGACUUUUACUCCAAAGUUCUGGGUAUGGAAGUGUCCACCUUCAAGGGUGGAAGGAAAGCUUUGAAUUUCGGCGAACAAAAGAUUAAUAUUCACGAGCAUAAGAAGGAGUUCGAACCAAAGGCACAUCUACCCACUCCUGGUUCAGCCGACGUCUGUUUUAUCACACAGGAAACCCUGGAUAAAGUCAUACAGCAUUUCAAGAAUUGUCAAGUUCCUAUCUUGGAAGGACCAAUAGAGAGAACCGGAGCUGUCGGACCGAUCCGGUCGGUGUACAUCAGAGAUCCCGAUAAUAACCUCAUAGAAGUGUCCAACUAUCCGGAGGAGGCCUGAUGGGAGUUCUGACCUACAUCAUUGUCAGUCUUUUAGACAUUUACACAAGUUAUCAGCUUCGUGUUCAAUAAGACGGGUGUGGUUUGAUGGUCAAUGUCACUAUUGUGUUUAUGUACUUACUGCGCUAGAUAAUUUCUCAAGAUCUUCUCCCUCCCCAGUUUCACAAAGUCUAUUUACGGUCAGAAACUACUGUAUUUAAAACUUUCCAUAGGAUUUUUUUUCAUUAACUUAACAAUUUCCCUUUAAUCUGAUCAUGUUAUGUUACUAAAUUUAAUGGAACUAGGUCAUUGCUAAUUUCGAUUAAAUUGCAUUCCCCAGCCACAGGCCGGCAAUGUGACGUCGAACACGUCACUACCAUUGUGGCCAUCACAAAUGAUCAUGGUGUUUACAUGUUAUGAGAUGUUCCAAAGUGUAGGAAAUUCCAUGUUAUGUCAUUAAAUAAUAGAUAGAGACAUUCA